AUCGAGUCACCGCUCUCAUUCCACUUUGUUCCUAGGUAUUGUUUUCUUGAAUUAAACUUGAUCCUCGAUCAUUGUUGCACCUCGUCGCCGCAGAGACACCAGUUACACCACACAGUCUUGAGUCUCUCUUGCCAUUUAAUCCCUUCUGCCGUCCGACGCUCCUUCCAAUCAUGGCUUCCUACUAUAUCAAUAACGCCAAUGUUGGCAACAAAGAGAGCACCGAGGAUUGGAGAAUUCGCGGCUACAAUCCUCUCACACCACCAGAUCUCCUCCAGCACGAAAUUCCCCAAACUGCCGCUUCCAAAGCUACUGUCCUCAAGGGUCGUGACGAGUGUGUGGCCGUCGUCCAAGGCACAGACCCGAACCGCCGUCUGCUAGUCAUCAUCGGACCAUGCAGUAUCCACGAUCCUGUUUCCGCUCUCGAGUACUGCGAAAGACUGCUCAAAUUGAAAGAGAAAUACCAAAAUGAUUUGGUCAUUGUGAUGAGGUCUUACCUCGAAAAGCCACGCACAACUGUCGGCUGGAAAGGCUUGAUUAAUGACCCUGAGAUCGACGGCAGUUUCCUCAUCAAUAAAGGCCUCAGACUCAGUCGGCAGUUGUUCGUCGACUUGACUGCAAAGGGAAUGCCCCUUGCCAGUGAAAUGUUGGACACCAUCUCACCACAAUUCCUUGCCGAUCUGCUCAGUAUUGGUGCUGUCGGUGCGCGUACAACCGAGAGUCAACUUCAUCGUGAACUUGCCAGCGGGCUCUCCUUCCCCGUCGGCUUCAAGAACGGCACAGACGGCACCCUAGGCGUUGCCAUUGAUGCUAUUGGCGCUGUCAGACACCCUCACCAUUUCUUGUCCGUCACGAAACCUGGUGUCGUGGCAAUUGUCGGUACCGUCGGGAAUGAAGAUUGUUUUGUGAUUCUCAGGGGUGGCACAACCGGAACCAAUUACGACGCUGAAAGCCUGAAACAGGCAAAAGAGAAAAUCGCCUCAAAGGGCCUCAACCCCAGACUCAUGGUGGAUUGUUCGCAUGGAAACAGCGAGAAGAACCACAAGAACCAGCCAAAAGUGGCAAAGGCCCUGGCUGAUCAAAUCGAGGCCGGUGAAGAGUCCAUCAUGGGUGUCAUGAUUGAAAGUCAUAUCAACGAAGGCAACCAGAAAGUUCCCAAAGAAGGCAAGGCUGGCCUCAAAUAUGGCGUUUCAAUUACAGACGCCUGUAUCGGCUGGGAAGACACCGAAUCAGUAUUGGAAACUCUUGCAAACAGCGUGAGGAUACGAAGGGAGAAACUGGGCUCUGCUGCCGCCACCACCAAUGGACAUUAGAUCGAGACCUAGAGGACUCGGAGCAAGUUUGCAUUCAUUGCGAUAGAUCACUCGAACCUGGCCGUAUCUGUACGCACACAAAAUCGGUUCAGUUAAAGACAGCACAUGUGGUGACCAUGAAGAAUCUUGGCCUUUGGAGUCUGGAACAUGGAACAAUGGGAGUUGAAAAGUGUAAUAAGAUACCACGAAGGAAUGAUAACAUGGGAUGGUUCUUCAGCCUUUGCCCGUAGAAGUUAGACUACGAAUGCAAUAGUUGAGCAAGAAUUGGUCAUGAGAAGCG